AUGGACUUCUCUGGCUGUGCUUUAGUGAAGAAAGAAAAUGCAACUGAAUACCACCACAGGGAAACAGAGUUCAACAGUUCCUCAAAUUUGGAUGAUGCUUCUUUGUACUAUUUGCUGGAGGAAUGGGCUCUCAACCCAUCAGGCACAAACAUGAAGAUGUUUUUAAUCCCUCCAGUUGUCUGCCUCGUGGCAGGUGUCCUCAUCAUUCCUACCAUCUUGUUUGUGAUCUUCUCUACAUUUAGCAUCCGUCAGGAAACAAGGUACCUGCUGCUGGGAAAUGCUCUGCUUUCUGAUCUGAUAUACCUGUUGUUCUACACGCUGUCAGCUGCUCUCAAUGCAGCACAUGUACAUCUCCCAAAGGAAGCUUGUGUCCUCCUAUUAUUUUUGCUGGCAGUGGCUUACUGUGGAGGAUUGUUCACAGCUGCUGCAAUAGUCUUGGACACAUACAUAGCAAUUUUGUUUCCUUUGCGCUACAUUGCUAUCUUGCCUCCUUCACGAACUAAAAAAAUUAUUGUAUUACUAUGGAUGUGUUCUGGGGCUUUCCCUGGGAUUUUCUUCUUGGUGCUAUCAAGCACUCACAGCUUUGUACCCUGUGUUCUGGAAAUGUGCUCGGUUCCAGUAAUACUAAUAUUAACUCUGAAUGGGACUGAUGCUGUGAAACUCUGUUUCUGGCUUUCUACCACACUUAUCUUUCUCUGCCUGUCUCUAAUAUUUUGUUGCUAUGCUGUUUUGUAUUUUAAAACCAAACAAUCGGGUAUAUGGGAAAGCAUCUGCUCCAGAGCCAGUGUAACAUUUUUAAUGCACAACACUGUGUUAUUUUUUUACUUCUUUCCACUCUUGGCCCUUUUUGUAGAAUCAUUCUUGUGCAUUAAUGUUGUCAUCAGACUGCAGACAGGAAUCUGGGUCUCCCUGACAGUCUGCAAUGUCCUGAUGAUUCUGCCUAAAGUUUUGUUCCCUUUUCUGUAUGGGCUUCGAUACAGAGAGAUCUCAGCAUCUCUCAAAUCCAUUGUCAGAAGGAAGCAUCUUCGCCCGGUGUCACCUACUCCAUCACCAUCCUGACCCAA